AUGUCAGUAGUGUCCGCUGCCGUGCUUCGCCGCCUCGUCGCUAAGGGAAUCGUGUGCCAAUCGGCUCCAUUGUCGACUUCUGCCGAUGGAUCGACCAACUUGAAGGAAGUGCUUUCGAAGAAGAUUCCGGCUCAUAACGCCAAGGUCAAGGAGUUCCGCUCUCAGCACGCCAACACCGUCGUCCAAAAUGUCACCAUUGACAUGAUCUAUGGAGGUAUGCGUUCGAUGAAGGGAAUGGUCACUGAGACAUCGGUUCUUGAUCCCGAAGAGGGAAUCCGAUUCCGUGGCUACUCGAUUCCCGAAUGCCAGAAGCUUUUGCCGAAGGCCAAAGGUGGCGAGGAGCCGAUUCCGGAGGCGAUUUGGUGGCUGUUGUGCACCGGCGAUAUUCCAAGCGAGUCGCAGACGAACGCGAUCACGAAAGAGUGGAACACGCGCGCCGAUUUGCCGGCGCAUGUCGUUCGCAUGCUGGACAACUUCCCGGACAACCUUCACCCGAUGGCGCAAUUCGUCGCCGCCAUCGCCGCGUUGAACAACGAGAGCAAAUUUGCGGCGGCGUAUGCGCGCGGUGUGCCGAAAGCCGCUUAUUGGGAGUACGCCUAUGAGGAUUCGAUGGAUUUGCUCGCGAAACUCCCAACGGUCGCCGCGAUGAUCUACCGCAACUUGUAUCGUGAUGGUUCCGCUGUUGGUGUCAUUGAUCCGAAGAAGGAUUGGUCGGCGAACUUCUGCUCGAUGCUUGGCUAUGAUGAUCCGUUGUUCGCUGAGCUCAUGCGAUUGUACCUUGUGAUCCAUUCGGAUCACGAGGGUGGAAACGUGUCGGCGCACACGUCGCAUUUGGUCGGAUCGGCGCUCUCGGAUCCGUACUUGUCGUUCUCGGCCGCCAUGGCCGGAUUGGCUGGUCCGCUUCACGGAUUGGCCAAUCAGGAGGUGUUGGUGUUCUUGAACAAGAUUGUCGGCGAGAUUGGCUUCAACUACACCGAGGAGCAACUCCGCGAUUGGGUUUGGAAGCACUUGAAGAGCGGUCAAGUCGUUCCGGGAUACGGACACGCUGUGUUGAGAAAGACGGAUCCGAGAUACGAGUGCCAACGCGAGUUCGCCCUCAAGCAUUUGCCGAAGGACGAUUUGUUCAAGCUCGUCUCGACGUUGUACAAGAUCACGCCAGGAGUUCUCUUGGAGCAAGGAAAGGCGAAGAACCCAUGGCCGAAUGUUGAUGCCCACUCGGGUGUUCUUUUGCAAUACUUUGGAAUGACGGAGAUGUCGUUCUACACGGUGUUGUUCGGUGUCUCGCGUGCUCUCGGAUGCCUCUCGCAGCUCAUCUGGGCUCGCGGAAUGGGAUUGCCAUUGGAGCGUCCGAAGUCGCACUCGACUGAGGGACUUAUCAAGUUGGCCGCCGCCGCCAAGAAGUAA